GAGCGCUUGAGCGGGGAUAAUGUUACCGGAAGAAGAAGAAGAAGGAAACGGGAAGACUAGGCUCUUCUCGAUCAACGACAACGUCGACCUUCUCUCCGAGAUACUGGGCCGCCUCGACGGACGGUCGCUGGCGGUGGCUGCUUGCGUCUGCAGUCUCUGGAGCGCCGUCGGCCGCCGGGAGGGCGUGUGGGAGGCCGUCUGUCUCCGCCACGCUCCCUUCGGAAAGGGGGCGGCGGAGACAGCCACCGUUGGCUCCACCCGGUCCGUGGUGGCCGCGCUGGGUGGGUACCGCAGGCUGUACCGCCUUUGCAUCGGCCCGGCGCUAGACCGGCUCGCCUCCGGAGGCGGAGGAAACGUGCCACCUUCGGCCUCCUCCGCGCGCCACCUUUCUCUGUCACUGUCGCUGUCGCUCUUCUCCAUCGAUUGCUACGAGAGGCUGGGCGUGGGCACGGCGGCGGCCGGUGGAAGGCAGCAGAAGCCUGCGUCGCUGCUCUUCCUGUCCAAGCCUGUGGGCGUGUCAUGAUCUCCACCGAUAGUUUUCGGCCUCGGAGAAUCAGGGGCCGUUCGAUCUAUUGUCGUCUCUGCUUCUUAUUUAUUCACUUAAAAAACAAAAAAUGAUUCAUAAUCUGCACGACUAUUCCUAAACUAACUAAUAUUAACAUAACCAUCAAAUUCUUGAGCAAUGAAUUAGUUGUCUUAUUUGAUUGAGAAUUUCCUAAUUAUUUCUUUUUGAGAGUUUUUGAGAAUUUCUUGAUUAAAUGGUU